UUCCUACUCCUUGCUCUUGGAAUGAAGGCUGCAACAUCUAAUCACAGUCGUAUCUACUGCAAAGUGCCUAAGAGUAGCAGGUCUGAUCUGAGCAAGCCCAUGGACUUCUUCGUGAAACGAAAAUUGUGUAAAAAUUGGCACAAAGAGCCAGGAUGUGCAGGAAAGCCUUUGUUCGACAUCCCAAUGGACCACAUUGUUAUUGACGAGUUGCACUUACUUAUGAGAGUUAUGGACCGACUGGAAAAUGGAAUAAUAACUGAAUUUCAGGAUUGGGAUGAGUACAUUUGUUUUUGUUGAGUUAGGUAUGAUCGGAAUUUAGUGUUACGAAUGCCAUUGGUGGACCUCGUCAUGAUUGACAUUGGUGAAACACGAGGUGAAAAUGCACGUUGAGAUCUGUAAGAUCGGAACACGGAGGAGGUGAAAGAGGUUGAACAUAUGUGGUUUUCGUGGUAAGAGUGCCUUAAUCCAACUUACUUUAAACUUAAUUUGGUAGUUCUAAGCAGAUAAUUAGAAACUGGAGCUAAAUUAGAAACUUUAAGUGCGAUUUUUUAUUUUUAUUUUAUACAACUCGAAUUAGUUACGUAAACAAAAGAUUGUAAAUGGACAGGCCAGGAAUUUCUACUGCGUCAUUGAUGUAAAAUAGUACUCGCACGAGACUUAUAUUAUUUUAUUAGCAAGAAAAAUGAUAUUUGGUUUGAUUAGCAAAACAUAUUUAUUUCUAGUCGAAUAUUUUUAUGACAAAAACGUAUUUCAUGGCCGUAAGCUUGAAUGGGGGCGGGCCAGGAAUUUCUACUACGUCAUUGAUCUAAAAUAGUACUAUUGGUAUUUACUAAAACAAGGAACGACCUAAAACCACCUGAAACCACCUAAAACGACCUGAAACCAUCUUGAAACCACCUGAAACCAGCCAAAACAUUGAAUCUCCAUCGAAUUUGUCGUCCAGUUUGUGUAUUUUAUUGACUUUUAUCGAUCGAUCRAGUGUUUGUUUUCCUUGGAAGGGAUGUACUUCAUGGUAGAAUGUCAUAUAGUCGCUCAUACGUAUAGUCUCCCAUAGAAGUAUUCCACACUUA